CUUUUUCGCUUUUGAGCACUGCGUGCAGAUGUGUCCCUUGAGAGCGCUUAAGUACCUAUACAUAGAUACAGACUUCUCUGGAUAGAAGAAGUCCACGCCAAGCCAACUUGUUUGGGGUCUCCUGGUCCUUGAAAGAAGCUCAUCCUCGUCUGAGAUUAUUAGAGCCACCUGGUGUCCUCGAGCGAAGAAAACAAGAACCGAUACGAUUUUAUUACUGCUGGGCGGAUGAGUGCUGCUGCCCCUGCCGCUAAAGCGGGAUCUGAACGGGGUCGCGGCGGUUUGCGUGGCGGCACCUGGGCUACUGCGCGGUCUACCAAGUCGUUUUUCUAUCCGUCCGCAUUGAAGAAGGAGAAGGAGAGCCUCUUGCACUCCAUCUUCCACCCAGGGGGAAGUACCAGCUCGGGCCGGGACUCCCGGUCGUCCAAUCGGUCUUCCAGCUCGUUCCGCACGCAGCGGUCCACCUCUAUUGAAAGGGAAAACCCCCCUCCCCAUAUCAGAACGGAAAUUUGUGAUGCUGAUUUGUAGUUACAUACAAAUCGUCUUUGUCUUGCCUAUCGGGUAAAAAUAGGAGCCAUUUGGAGGAUCAUUCCAAAGCCAGUCUGUCAUGCGCUUUCGACUACUGCAAACCUGUUUGCCAUGCGUAACUGCUACCAUCCUUCUGCAUACCCAAACAGGCUCAGCAAAUGCCGCCAAGCACUUUCUGCAAGAGAAAUCUGAUUUGUGUACGCAAAUCCAGCAGCAGAAACUUCGUUUUGAUAUGAGGCGGUUGGAUUUUUCCGCACAAUAACCUCCAGUGCAU